AUGGCGCAGGUGAAUAGCUCAGAGGGGGGCGCUACUAUACGUUCCGGUGUCAUUAAUCUCAUGAACACUAUCCUAGGAGCUGGUCUUCUUAGUGUGCCCUAUGCCAUCAGAUGCGACGGCGUUUUGUUGGGAAUACUGUUCGUCUUGUUUUCAGCAUUCACAUCUGGCCUUGGUCUAUACCUCUUGGCGAUAUCAGCUUCAUAUACGAUUCCAGGCCAUGCAUCAUUUUUCUCUUUGUCGAAGCUCACGGUACCACAGCUUGGGAUUGUCUUCGACCUUGCGAUCGCUAUCAAAUGCUUUGGUGUAGCUUGUUCCUAUUUGAUUGUGGUAGGGGACCUCAUGCCUCAAAUUAUGGAUUCCCUUUGCUCUGACCGCGCGCUUCAGGAUCACCCCUGGUUAUUAAGCCGAACAUUGUGGAUCACCUUAUUUCUGGCCGCCAUAUUGCCUCUGGUCUACAAAAGAAAACUGGAUUCUCUCAAGACCGCAUCGUUAGUCGCUCUCUCUUCAGUGGGGUACUUGGUGAUAUUAGUCGUGGUUCAUUUUCUGCACAUAUGGAGUGGGGGUAAGGAAGAUUUUGUCAAAGGGCCUGUUCAUUUACUGAAGCCAAACUCAGUUGUUGCUAUUCUGGCUUCCUUCCCAAUUCUCGUCUUUGGAUUUACCUGCCAUCAAAAUCAACUAGGCAUUAUCAACGAGCUCCACGAUCGAUCCUUGGCCAAUGUUACCAAAAUGAAUAUUGUAUCAAUUGGCACAGCGUGUGUUCUCUACAUCAUCGUCGGUCUUUCUGGCUAUCUUACAUUUGGGGACACUGUGUCUGGGAACAUUAUUGCCAUGUACCCAAAUUCACUUUCAUCUACUAUUGGAAGGAUAGCCAUAGUGAUUCUAGUCACUCUAAGCUACCCGUUGCAAUCCAAUCCAGCUAGGGCUUCCAUAAAUCACGUCGCUUACUACAUCAAUGACUCAAACUUGGCAAAUUCCAUACGAUCACUUUCGAGAUCCACGACUAGUUCGACACUCAUGACCCCAGAAGAGCAUCGAAAUUUGAUAUCGCAGGCUUCAACUCUCAAUGGAACAGCCGUUUUCGAUGAUUCCUUUGCCGCAGACGAGGAAAAUGAAGGUGAGCAUUAUGUGAAACUUACGAACACAAAACUAGUAGUGAUCACAACAAUUAUCGUCGUGACAUCCUACAUUGUUGCCAUCACAGUUAAAUCACUUGCUCAUGUGCUAGCGAUUGUAGGAUCUACAGGCUCGACGUCCAUUUCAUUUAUUCUACCAGGAUUUUUUGCGUACAGAUUGAUAGGAUAUGAUAGCACCACGCUGUCUACGAGGGAAUGGAUUUUAAAGUACGCGGGAUUGUUGUUGCUUAUAUGGGGAUUCAUCGUGAUGAUAAUCUGCUUGUCUGCUACUCUUUUCUUGGGUGCGACUCACUAA